AUGAAUUCUCUCCCCAAAACUCAUCACCUCUCUUUCACUUACCACCAUUCUUCAUUGCAAACAUCAUUCUCUUUUCCCUCUUUACUUUCUCACCAAUUCUCUUCUUCACCCUUAUUACUACCCUCCAUCAAAGCCUCUUCCUCAUCCUCACCAAAAAAUAACAACAACCCUUUUCAAAAACCCCAAAACGCUUUUUCCCAAUUCCUCCGAACCCUAAACCCCUUUUACUCACCUCUCUUCGAACCCGCCUAUGUCGCAGCAACACUUAUCUUUUUCUUCUUGUUCCGCGUUCAUCAAAAUCCCACCACCGUCACACCAUCACUCCUACCUCCUCCGCCGGCGGACUCUUCCACCACCGCCACCGCAACCGGAAAUCUAUCUAUUAUAGAAAGCGAUACUUCGAUUGAAAAUUCCAACGACGCAAACGCUCUUCGGUCUUUGGUUGAGGAAAAUGUUAGAGCUCGCAAACUCAAAGAGGCAAUUCGUGUUGUGGACCGUUUGAUCGAACUCGAACCCGUUGAUUUAGCUUUGAUAUUACUAAAAUCGCAGUUGCAUAGUCACAAUGGUGAACAUAAAUUGGCUAAGAAAGGGUUUGAACUUACUUUGCAGCAAGAUCCGUUAAACUUGGUAGCUUAUCGCGGUCUUUUGAUGGCAAUUUCAAACUUGGAAGAACCAAUGGAGGUUUUUUUGAAGAAGGUUGAUGAGAUGGUGAAGUUUUUUGAGGAGAAAAAGAUGGAAUCAGAAGCUAGGGAAUUUAAGCUUUUGAUUGCGCAGGUGAAGGUGAUGGAAGAGGAUUUCUCCGGUGCAUUGAAGGUGUAUGAGCAAAUUGUGAAGGAAGAACCGAGUGAUUUUAGACCUUAUUUGUGUCAAGCUGUUGUGUAUACUCUGCUUAGAAAGAAUGAUGAAGCUGAGAAACAGUUUCAGGAGUAUAGGAAACUUGUUCCAGAGAAUCAUCCUUAUAAAAAGUAUUUUGAGGAUAAUACUAAGAUUUUGUCCAAGAAGCUAGAGAAGGGAGGAAUAGAAGCAAGUAUUUGA